UCCUCCCUCCUCCUCUUCCUCUUUCCUCUUCUCUUCUUCCUCCUCCGGUGCCCAGAGCGCCCGUGCCCCACCAUGGCUGAGCAGCUGACCGAGGAGCAGAUUGCAGAGUUCAAGGAGGCCUUUUCCCUGUUUAAUAAGGAUGGAGAUGGGACCAUCACCACCAAGGAGUUGGGUACAGUGAUGCGAUCCCUGGGUCAGAACUCAACAGAGGCUGAGCUCCAAGAUAUGAUCAAUGAGGUGGAUGCAGAUGGAAAUGGGACCAUUGACUUCCCUGAAUUCCUGACCAUGAUGGCAAGGAAAAUGAAGGACACAGACAGCGAGGAAGAGAUCCGAGAGGCGUUCCGCGUUUUUGAAAAGGAUGGGAACGGCUAUAUCAGUGCUGCGGACCUCCGUCAUGUGAUGACCAACCUCGGGGAGAAGCUGACUGACGAGGAGGUGGACGAGAUGAUCCGAGAGGCGGACAUAGAUGGCGAUGGCCAAGUUAACUAUGAAGAGUUUGUACAGAUGAUGACCGCGAAGUGAAGGCCCCGGGCAGC